AUGCAAUUGAGUAUAGGAUAUGUUGUACCUAAUCAGCCCAAGUUUUGUCCAACAGCUAUUUGGAAUCGAAAUGGAUCUACAUUUGCUAACGAAACAACACUUGGUUUUAAAACUCGGAGCAUUUUCAUUAAUCCGAUGAACUUCGUUUAUUUCAUUCAUGAAGAGAAGAAUGAACUUUUAAUAUGGGAUAAUAAUAGUAGCAAUCCAAUAAAAAGGUUUCCUGGUAAUUUUUCAAAUCCAGCAUCCAUUUUUGUUACAAAGGAUGGUAAUAUUUAUAUUGAUAAUGGUGACAAGAAUGGUCAAGUGCAAAAAUGGAUACCGAAAAUAAAUAAAUUGACUACUGCUAUGUAUGUCUAUUCAUCAUGCUGGCAGCUUUUUGUUGAUACUAGAGAUAAUCUAUAUUGUUCAUUGCCUACUCAUCACCAAGUUCUAAAAAACCCGUUGUAUGACCGUGAGACGGCUGUGUCUAUUGUUGCUGGAGCAGAUAGUGAAGGAUCUAGCUCGGAUGCACUUUAUGAUCCUAAAGGUAUUUUUGUUGAUGCAAAGUUUAAUUUAUAUGUAGCCGAUUGUGGAAAUAAUCGAGUACAGAAAUUUGAACCAGGUCAGUUAGAUGGCAUCACAGUUGCAGGUGAUAGUUUGUCAAAUCAAACAAUUCAACUUAAUUGUCCAAGUGGAAUUGCAUUGGAUAGUCAGAAAUAUUUAUUUAUUGUGGACAGUAAUAAUCAUCGUAUUAUUGGUCAAGGACGGUAUGGUUUUCGAUGUUUACUCGGUUGUUAUGGGCAGGGUACUGAUUCGACACAAUUAUCAUUCCCAUCGACUCUUAGUUUCGAUCGUUUUGGCAAUAUGUAUGUUUUAGAUCAAGGAAAUAAGCGAAUUCAAACAUUUCAAUAUUUAGAAAAUACUUGUGGUAUGUUUCUUAGAAAAACAUAUAAGAUGGGUGAAUCCAUGGAGAUCCAGCCACUUUUUGGAAAGGUUUUUUUUUCGAUUUUUUUUCACUUCAAAAUGCCGGUAUGCUUUAGAAAACACUUUUGAUGAAAAAAAAAUUAUGUGUUU